AAGUGUUUGUUUACAUGUCUGAUCGUAAACAGUUCGUUACUUUUACUAUAUACAUGAGAUGGAUAUUUUAAAGGCUGAAAUAGAAAAAAGAAAGCGAUUUUUAGAGGAAAAAAGUCUUGUGGGACCUAAUAAGAAAUAUUUCAAAAGAGGGGAGCUUCUAAAAAAAGAAGAAGAAGAGUACUGGCAAAAAUAUUCAUCACAAAAGGAAGAAGAUGAAAUUAUAGAGAAAGAAAGAAAAAAAGCUGAAGAGGAAUCCUUAAAAUCAAAAGAGUCAGAAGGUAUACUGCCCAGAAAAGAAGUUGUGAGAAGACUUCGAGAAAGACAAGAGCCAAUUUUAUUGUUUGGUGAAACAGAAUUGGAAGCAUUUCAGAGGCUGAGACGAUUAGAGAUUUUAGAGCCAGAAGUAGACCGUGGUUUCCGUAAUGAUUUUCAAGAAGCCAUGGAGAAGGUUGAUCAGGCUUAUUUAGAUGAAAUUUUAAAAACUCAGGGCAAGGCAGAUGACGGAAAAUCUGUUAAUGAUGUAAAGGUUGAAGAUGAAAAGACUUCCAUUGAUGAAAUAAAAGAAGAAGCUAGUAAGAAACUGGGCAAAGGUUCUGAUAGUGAUGAUGCCAAGGUUAUUUUAAAAUUUUUGAGAUUUUUACUACAGUUAUGGGGUCAGAAACUGAAUGCUCGAUCAGAAGCAGAAAAGACUUCUAUGAAAGGAAAAAUGGCUUCAGCAACAUACACUCAAACUCAAAAUUACAUUCGACCACUUUUUCGUAGAUUAAAAAAGGAGACUUGCCCUGAAGAUAUAUUAGAGCAUUUAGUCCUGAUUGUAAACUAUUUACUGGACAGAAAUUAUGUAAAGGCAAAUGAUGCUUACCUUCAAAUGGCAAUUGGAAAUGCACCAUGGCCUAUUGGUGUAACUAUGGUUGGUAUACAUGCAAGAACUGGAAGAGAGAAAAUUUUUUCCAGAAAUAUUGCUCAUGUUCUUAAUGAUGAGACGCAAAGAAAAUUUAUUCAGGCAUUAAAAAGGCUGAUGACUCAGUGUCAAAGAUUCUUUCCUACUGACCCUUCAAGAUCUGUGGAAUACAAUGCCUAAAAACUGAGAAAUUUACAACCAUUGGACCUUAUACUGGUUUAUUUUACUAGGAUGAUAUUUGGGGAGCAUCUUUCAUUUGGGUUUGCUGAGGAUAUAUUUGUAUCAUAUGUAAAUAAAAAGUUUAUAUAUCUGA